CACCGACACCGCCGCCCAUCAAACUUAGCUUCCGUGACUCUGAGGGCCAAGUUCUCAUAAAUACAUCCAUGGGGAGGUUCAACAAUCUGGUUGUUGGAGAAGCAAUGAGAACGGUCUUCGGUCUGCAACUAGCUGUCUCAUCGGGCUUCACUUGCCCGAGAGCUGAAUCUGAUCAUCCACUGCUCAGCCAAGCUAUAUAAUGCAGGCAAGAGUUGGGCAAUUCCUGUGCUGAUAUUAGCUUCUUUAACCCAAUCUUCUCAGGUACACAACUUUAGGGUUAACCUUAAGAAAUAGCAAUCAAUUUGCAAAUUGUUUGGCGUCUUUUGCUAAAACUUACAGGGAGGAGUGUGAUUUUACAGAGGAUGUUCCUCCUAUUGCUUUAUUUUUACGCCACGCGUGAUGCGUCAUCUUUCUCCAACGAGAGGAUUCUUGAGUUCCCAAGAAUACAGUUGAGAAUUUUUCCAAGUACACAGGUGUUUAAUUGAAGAGGAUAUGGAGGAAGGAAAGUCAACAUCAAGAACAAGAUGAGAUACCUUAGCCCAAGUUUUGAUUUAUAUUGAUUACAGAAAUAUAAUGAACGCUAAGGAAAGGAAAGAUACAUUGGACAGACAGACAAGGUAUCUCUUUCUUUUCUUCAACUGUGAAAGAGGUUUGAUCACUAAGCAAUGUCUCUCUCUCUCUCUCUAAGAGUCUCCAUCUUCUUUUAUCCUUCUUUCCCUUCCAAGUUCCAACAUUCCCUCAACGGAACGAAGCCAUACCAACUUCCUCAAAAGACACCUUUUUCUCAUCCUUCCACCCUUUCUCUCUCCCCCUUCUCAGGAGUCAAAAGAAGAGAACCAAAUGUGGCAAAAACAGCCCAGUAAAUCAUCCUUUAGAGAAUCUCUCAAAGCUCUUGAAGCUGAUAUACAACAUGCCAAUGCGAUGGCGGCUGCUCUCCCAGGAGAUUGUGGUGGGAAUUGUGUGCAGAUGAGGUUGUCAUAUAGCUCCUUUGCCCCCUUCAUCUUGUUUUUGGUGGAAUGGAUGGACUAUAGCUGUACAGAUGCCCUUCCUAGUUAUUUAGGCCUUCUCCACAUACUUGUAUAUAAGGUAUAUGUUGAUGGAAUGCCAUCGUUGUCCUCCAAAGAAAAAAAGGCCAGUCUAAGGGAAUUUUAUGCUAUCAUAUACCCUUCUCUGAGACAGCUUGAAGGUGAGUUUAUUGAAGUGGAAGAUAACCAUAAGAGAAGCAGAAACACUGAUGUUUUGAGCAGAAAGAGAAUGGAAGACCAGAGGAAGCUAUCUGAAAGCGAUGUUGAUAGAGACGAAGAGUGUGGAAUAUGCAUGGAAAAUAGUGCAAAGAUGGUAUUGCCCAACUGUGGGCACUCCUUGUGCAUCAGCUGCUUCAAUGACUGGAAUGUGAGAUCUCAGUCCUGUCCUUUUUGCCGUGGCAGCCUAAAGAGAAUGAGCUGUACAGAUUUAUGGGUUCUCAUUAGUAAUGAUGAUGUUAUCGAUACAGUUGCUCUCGCUGAGGAGAAUCUAAGGCGUUUCUACCUUUACAUGGACAACCUGCCUUUUCUAGUGCCUGAGACUCAAGCGAUUCUGUUUGAUUACAUGAUCUGAUUUGAAGAAAAAGAAUGCAGUGAAUCAUACAGACUGCCAGCCAUUAUUGUACAUUCUAGUAUACGAUGGAGUAGUUCGAUUUCAUCCACCAUGUGGCUGGUUAAAAAUGACGUUUCAGCGGUAGCUGUAUGUGAUCAACUAAAUUGCUGGAUAUGAAUCAGGUGGCAAACAGGAGAUUGGAGAACUCAAGAAACAUCAUCAGCGGCCGCCACAACAUGAAAGGUUAAGCCCUGCAUGUAUAUGGGAUGGGCAAUACAUGUAAUUAGUAGAUGCGAAUAGAAAAGAUAUUAUGCAUGGCAUUCAGCUCAGCUUUUUGGAACCUGAGUGUUGGAAAUGAAGAAGCAUAGAAACUUGUUGCUUGUGUGAGUACCUGGCCUAUGUUUACCACGCUGUGUUAGUACGGCAAAUAUCAUGGAUCAAAUAUAUGAUAUAUGGCAUGUUCCUUGCUA